AUGUCGUAUAUAAGGACUCAAAUACUUAUUGUUGCUUGUGUAAAUAUAGGUCAGUUUAUAGAUGGAUAUAGUGUAGGGUGGUCAGCUCCGAUCAUUCCGAAAUUACAAAAUCUGAAUCAGAGCCCUCUGGCGGAGGUGAUCACGGAUACCCAAGCUUCAUGGAUUGGCUCGCUUUUGUAUUUGGGGUCUAUUGUUGGGCCGUAUAUACCGAGCUACCUAUCCAAUAUAAUCGGUAGAAAGCCAUGUUUGCUUUUCGGAAGUCUUCUAAACCUCACCGCAAUAAUUCUUAUUGUGACUACAAGGAAUAUCAACAUGGUAUAUGCUGUGCGGAUCAUCAGCGGCUUGGGAAUGGGCAUGGUUACGGUCAGCAAUUUGGUGUAUGUGGGUGAAAUUGCAUCGACAAACAUCAGAGGGAUUUUCUUGACAUCAACCUCAAUUAUUGGUAUAUCUGGCACUCUGGCUGCAUAUUUUGUAGGAUCGUUUGUAUCAUACACUAUGACAGGAUAUUUCGCUUUAUUGAUAAAUAUUGCACAUUUGAUUGGCUUAUAUUUCAUACCAGAAUCUCCAGUUUACUAUGCUAUAAUAGGCAAAGAAAUGGAAGCCAAGAGCACUCUCAGAUACCUCGGUCGAGUGAAUGAUUUGAAUAAUGUUUUCGAAUCGGUCAAAGGGACGGAGCGAAAUGAAGCAAAUAGCUGGAAGGCUUGGAUCAAGAUAUUCACAGUGAAAGCGAACAGAUGGAGUCUGUUUAUUACGUUGAGUCUGUGCACUUUGCAGCAAACCAGUGGUGUGGCGGCUGUACUGUUCUUUGCUACUUCGAUAUUCCAAAUGGCCGGCUCGUCUAUCAGGCCGGACCUGGCUACGAUAUACAUUGGAGGGACGAGGUUAAUAGCUAGUAUGGUAGCCCCGUUUGUGGUAGAAAGGGCUGGGCGAAGAAUCCUGUUGCUGGUGUCCACGGUAUUCUGUGCUGUAAGCCUGUCAAUUUUGGGCACGUACUUUUAUCUCGUAAGAAUUGAGAGUUCAAGUGUAAUACAAAUCGGAUGGUUACCGCUGUUUGCACUUAUUCUAUACUUCUUUUCUUAUGAAAUCGGAUUCGGAACAAUGCCUAGUGCGUUGCUGGGAGAAAUGUUCCGUGGUAACGCCAGAAGUAUUGGCUCAGCAUUAUCCAUGACAACUGCCUGGUUAAUCGGCUUCGGAGUUGCCACAGGCUUCGGAACCAUGGUGAAGGCUGUCGGCGGUGACGUCACCUUCGGAAUAUUCGCCUGCUCGUGCUUGGCUGCUUUCCUAUUCACAUACAAAUACGUACCAGAGACCAAGGGCAAGAACUUGAAUGAGAUACAAGAAAUGUUGAGUAGAUGA